AAUUGCCGAAAAAAAAAGAACAAAGGAAAAAAGAAAAAAAAAUUUCUUGGCCUUUUCUUCUCUUCUCAUCAUCAGUUGGAUCCAGCAAGCACUUGGUUUUUUUUUUGGGAGCUUGCUCGAACUGACAGAGGCGGCAGCGGACGAGGAAUCUCAGCAGAGUUUGUGUGGUUUUUUUUUGGAUCUCUUAGCUGUUUUUGGCUUUGAUUUUCAUGGUUGAUGCCGUGUUCUUGGUCUGAGGAAUGGAUUUGGAGCUUUUGAUCCAGUGCUGAGAGGAUGUCGGUGGCUGUGGACCAUGCCAGAACUGCUGGCCCUGUUGAGAGGGAUAUCGAGCAGGCCAUCAUUGCACUGAAAAAGGGUGCAUAUUUGCUUAAAUAUGGUCGUAGAGGGAAGCCCAAGUUUUGCCCUUUCAGACUGUCCAAUGAUGAGUCCGUAUUAAUAUGGUUUUCAGGAAAAGAGGAAAAGCACCUCAAGUUAAGCCAUGUAUCCAGGAUCAUGCCUGGCCAACGCACUGCAAUCUUUCAGAGGUAUCCACGACCAGAGAAGGAGUGCCAGUCAUUUUCUCUCAUAUACAGUGACAGAUCCUUGGAUCUAAUAUGUAAAGAUAAAGAUGAAGCUGAAGUCUGGUUUGCUGGUCUAAAAGCAUUGAUAUCACGUAGUCAUCACAGACGGUGGAAAACAGAAUCAAGAAGUGAUGGGGUCCCAUCUGAAAUGAAUAGCCCAAGAACAUAUACUCGAAGGAGUUCACCUUUAAGUUCUCCAUUUGGUAGCAGUGAUAGCAUGCCAAAGGAUGUUGGUGAUGCCCUUCGUCUACGAAGUCCAUAUGAAAGCCCACCAAAGAAUGGUGUGGAUAAAGCUUUUUCAGAUGUUUUAUUAUAUGCUGCUCCUCAUAAGGGUAUAUAUCCUCCAGAUUCUGCUUCAGGCUCUGUCCACUCUUUGUCAUCCGGAUGUUCAGACAGUGGACAUGGGAACAUGAGGGGUAUUGCAGUCGAUGCAAAUAGAGUAAGCUUGUCAAGUGCUGUAAGCUCAUCAAGUCAAGGUUCUGGUCAUGAUGAUGGUGAUGCAUUGGGAGAUGUUUUCAUAUGGGGGGAGGGAACUGGUGAUGGAGUGUUAGGUGGUGGGGCCAACAGAACAGGCAGUUUUUCUGGUAUUAAGAUGGAUUCUCUUGUGCCAAAAGCAUUAGAGUCUGCUGUAAUACUUGAUGCUCAGAAUAUAUCUUGUGGCGCAAGACAUGCUGCUCUUGUCACCAAGCAAGGAGAGAUUUACACUUGGGGGGAGGAAUCAGGAGGCAGGCUUGGUCAUGGAGUAGAUUCUGAUGUUUCACAACCAAAGCUUGUUGAUGCCCUUGUCAACAUGAAUAUUGAACUUGUUGCAUGUGGAGAACACCAUACAUGUGCAGUUACACUGUCUGGAGAUCUCUACACAUGGGGUGAUGGUACCUACAAUUUUGGUCUCCUUGGACAAGGAAAUGUGGGGAGACACUGGAUUCCGAAAAGGGUCAAUGGUCCUUUGGAGGGUAUACAUGUUUCAUCUAUUUCAUGUGGGCCUUGGCAUACAGCUGUUGUAACCUCUGCUGGACAAUUAUUUACUUUUGGAGAUGGAACUUUUGGUGUUCUUGGUCAUGGAGAUCGCAAGAGUGUCUCGGUACCUAGGGAAGUCGAGUCUUUGAAGGGCCUUCGGACAGUUCGAGCAGCAUGUGGUGUUUGGCACACAGCUGCAGUUGUAGAAGUUAUGUCAGGAAAUUCAGGUUCUAGUAACUGUUCUUCAGGGAAGCUAUUUACAUGGGGGGAUGGAGAUAAGGGACGCCUUGGACAUGGUGACAAGGAAUCGAAACUUGUGCCUACUUGUGUGGCUGCUUUGGUAGAGCCAAAUUUCUGUAAAGUUGCCUGUGGGCACAGCAUAACGGUGGCCCUUACAACCUCUGGCCAGGUUUAUACAAUGGGCAGUAGUGUUUAUGGUCAACUUGGAAAUCCUCAAGCAGAUGGAAAGCUUCCUGUCCACGUUGAAGGAAGGCUUUUGAAAAACUUUGUGGAGGAGAUAGCAUGUGGAGCUUAUCAUGUUGCCAUCUUGACUUCAAAAACUGAAGUGUAUACUUGGGGAAAGGGUGCAAAUGGCCGAUUAGGUCAUGGAGACACUGAAGAUAGAAACUCGCCAACACUAGUGGAAGCUCUGAAAGAUAAACAAGUGAGAAAUAUUGUUUGUGGCACUAACUUUACUGCAGCAAUUUGUAUUCACAAGUGGGUGUCUGGUGUUGAUCAAUCAAUUUGUUCUGGUUGUCGCUUACCGUUUAAUUUUAAGAGAAAGCGUCAUAAUUGCUACAACUGUGCACUUGUCUUUUGUCAUUCCUGCAGCAGCAAGAAAUCUCUUAAGGCUUCCAUGGCACCAAACCCGAACAAACCAUACCGUGUUUGUGAUUCUUGCUAUAACAAGCUAGGGAAAUCUUUGGAGUCUCAAUCAUCUAAUUCUGCAGCUAACAAGAAAGGAAAUGUAAUUCAGGGGUACAAUGAGUCAAUUGAGGAAGAGAAGUUUGAAUCUAGAUCUAAUGUACAAACAUCUCGAUUUUCUGCUAUGGACUCUUUUAAGAAUGUAGAAGGUAGGUCUUUCAAGAGAAACAAGAAGUUUGAAUUCAAUAGUAGUCGUGUAUCCCCUAUUCCAAAUGGUAAUUCAAAUUGGGUCAGUCUUUCAAGAUCAUUGAAUCCAGUAUUUGGGUCUUCCAAGAAGUUUUUUUCUGCUUCUGUACCUGGAUCAAGGAUUGUAUCUCGUGCAACUUCACCCAUAUCAAGGAGACCCAGCCCUCCACGUUCCACAACACCUACUCCAACUUUGGGUGGAUUGACUUCUCCAAAAUUUGUUGUUGAUGAUGCUAAAAGGACAAAUGAUAGUCUGAGCCAAGAAGUUCUUCAGUUAAGAGCACAGGUGGAAAAUCUCACUCGCAAGGCACAACUUCAAGAAGUCGAGUUAGAAAGAACAACUAAGCAACUGAAGGAGGCCAUUGCUAUAGCUGAAGAAGAAACUGCUAAAAGUAGAGCAGCAAAAGAAGUAAUCAAGACACUGACUGCCCAAUUGAAGGACAUGGCGGAAAGACUACCUGGUGGAGCAACAAAAAACAGCAGAAUUACCUCCUUGUCAUCUUUCAGCACUAGUCCCACUUCAAGUGAUGCUUCUGCAGCUAUAGAUCGAAUGGUGGGCUCAAUUGCAGCUUCUCGUGUUGCAGAUUCAAAUGGUUCAAACGGUUUGCCUGUCUCUGAUGCACAAAUCACAGUGAGCAGAUUGCCUCACUCAGAGGUUGUGCGAAAUGGGACUAAACAAACUGAAGCAGAUGUCAAUCACGAGGCUGAGUGGGUUGAGCAAGAUGAGCCAGGAGUGUACAUUACGCUCACAGCUUUGCCCGAUGGCAUCAAGGAUCUGAAGCGGGUUCGCUUCAGUCGGAAACGGUUCAGCGAGAAACAAGCUGAACAAUGGUGGUCGGAGAAUCGGGCUCGCGUGUAUGCACAAUACAACGUGCGAAUGGUGGAUAGGUCAACCACAAGCAUAGGAAAUGAUGACCGAUCUCAUUAAGAUUUGAUUUAACUCAAAUAAUCAGUUUCUUAAGGAGGGUUAUAAAUGAAAGUCAGCGCGCUCACUGAUCAUGUAGUUGUAAAUGUUGGCAUAUUUGAUUUUAGCUCUUCCAAAGAUUGGAGGGCUGGUAUAAGAAGAGAUGAGAGUUGGUGCUCUACAUGAUUUUUUUUUUUUGGUUUAUUCUUCUCUUUGCUUUGCAGAGUAGAGUGGCAUUGAGUUUGAGGGAUGUAUAUUUGUGGCAACAUGUUGGCAUUUAUUUUGCCUUGUAAAUUCAUAAGCUAACAUCUCUCUGUCUC